GCCGCGACCUCAUGUGAGACACCUCCUGCGCGAGCCAGUCCGACGUUACCUCUGCAGAGGAAAACGCAAUGGAGCCCUGAGCAUUUUUUAUUUCCAUCUCCUUUGAAACCUGGAAAACAAUACUCGCGUCCAAAUACUGCUUUAUUCGCUAUUUAUUUGAGGCGUAACAGGGCGGUGCAACGAUGUGGAUCCAGGUUCGUACCAUAGACGGGAAGGAGACGCGAACCGUUGAGGAUCUUUCUAGAUUGACCAAAAUUGAGUCUUUACGGUUGAAAAUACAGGACAUCUUCAAUGUAAGCCCACAACAGCAGCGCCUCUUCUACCGAGGGAAGCAGAUGGAGGAUGGACAGACACUGUUUGACUACAACGUGGGUCUCAACGACAUCAUCCAGCUGCUGAUUCGCUCUCAGACCGACCCUCCAGACAGCCCCGCCACCAAGGACUCCUCGGGCGUUUCCUGUAGUUCAGCUCCCCCCACUGACUCCAGGUCUGAGAGCCACAACUCCCCAGCUCCCGUCUCCCCCGCUGCUAUGGAAACCAACACCAAUAUAGACAAUGAUAGCAGCAGCAUCACUACCAGGACCGUUAACGAAACCAAGCCGGACGCCAGCACCACCAGUAACUCAACCAGUACCAAAAAUGGGUUCAAGUCCUCCAGUCCGGUACGGGACACCCAGCCCCCCACAUCCAGCAGAAACACACUAGUCGACCCAGGCAUUGGUGUGUACAAGAUUAACGAGCUGGUGGACUGCAGAGACGUCAGCAUUGGCGCCUGGUUUGAGGCCUGCAUCGAAAAUGUGACACGCGCUCCCAAAGGACAGAUAACGCCCACCAAGGGCAAGGUGGGCCGGCCCCCAAAAAGGACUAAUGGAAAGCUGGAGGCCGAGCAGGGACAGGCCCAUGGCCAGGGCCAAACCAUAGACAGUAACAGGAAUAAUGUUGUGUUAAACUCGGAGAGUAACGGAGCCUCCACCUCUCAGACAGACUCUACAGCAGCUACGGAGAGCAAGGAGCGAGAAGAGGAUGUAAUUUACCACAUUAAAUACGACGACUACCCAGAGAACGGCGUGGUGGAGAUGCGACCGGUGGAUGUGCGACCGCGUGCGAGGACCCUGCUGCGGUGGGACCAGCUCCAGGUGGGCAUGCAUGUGAUGGUCAACUACAAUAUGGAGACACCAGAUGAGAGGGGCUUCUGGUUCGACGCCGAGGUUCAAGCCCUCAACCAAACCUCUCGCACCAACAAGGAGCUCCGAGUCAAGAUCCUCCUCGGGGGUCCUGGAGAUGUGAUCGGAGAUUGCAAGGUUCAGUUUCUGGAUGAAAUCUACCAGGUGGAGAAACCAGGGGCUCGUGCACUCUCAGCUGCAGAUGGACAGUUUAAGCGGAAGAGCGGGCCGGAGUGCAAGCACUGCAAGGCCGACCCUGACGCCGAGUGUCGCUUCUGCUCCUGCUGCGUGUGCGGCGGGAAGCAGGACGCUCACAUGCAGCUGCUGUGUGAUGAGUGCAACAUGGCGUUUCACAUCUACUGCCUCAACCCGCCGCUAGCCACCAUCCCAGACGACGAGGACUGGUACUGCCCCACCUGUAAAAACGACACCAGUGAGGUGGUGAAGGCGGGAGAGAAGCUCAAAGCCAGCAAGAAGAAAGCCAAGAUGCCCUCGGCAACAACUGAGAGUCAAAGGGACUGGGGAAAGGGUAUGGCUUGUGUGGGGCGUACUAAAGAAUGCACAAUUGUUCCUUCAAACCACUAUGGACCCAUACCUGGUAUUCCUGUUGGAACCACCUGGAAAUUCAGAGUACAGGUGAGUGAGGCAGGUGUCCACAGGCCACAUGUGGGCGGUAUCCACGGGCGCAGUAACGAUGGCUCCUACUCACUGGUGUUGGCAGGGGGGUUUGAGGAUGAAGUGGACCGGGGAGACGAGUUCACCUACACGGGCAGUGGGGGUCGUGACCUCUCAGGAAACAAACGGAUCGGAGAGCACUCUUUUGACCAGACUCUGACACACAUGAACAGGGCAUUGGCCUUAAAUUGCGAUGCACCCCUGAAUGACAAAGAUGGGGCAGAGUCCAGGAACUGGCGGGCAGGAAAGCCGGUGAGGGUCGUGCGCAGUUCCAAAGGUCGACGUAUCAGCAAAUACGCUCCUGAGGAGGGAAACCGCUACGAUGGUAUUUACAAGGUGGUAAAGUACUGGCCAGAGAUUGGAAAGUGUGGUUACCUGGUGUGGCGGUACCUGCUGAGACGGGACGAUCUGGAACCAGCACCGUGGACACCUGAAGGACUGGAGAGGAUCAAGAAACUGGGCCUUGCUGUUCAGUACCCGCCGGGCUAUUUGGCGGCCAUGGCUAACAAGACGAAGAAGGAGGCCUGCGCCAGACCCGGUCGCGGCGGCCGGAGCAAGCACUAUCCCGGGAGGGGGAGGCCACGAAGACAACGCAAGAUCAAGGAGAAAGAGGAAAACGAUGAGGAGGAGGAGGACAUGCAGCCGAUGGCCAGUAUGGAAGAAGAGCAGGAGCCUCAAAGUAAUGGAGAGCAGAAGACAACCAGAGAUAGUGAAACGCCACCAGCAGAAGAGCCUCCCUCUAAACGGGUGAAGAUAGAGGAGACCUUCCAGCUGUCAGAGCAGCAGCGGCAGUUGAUCCGAGAGGACACAGCCAACAAGAAGCUCUGGGAUGAAGCCAUGGAACACCUUAAAGAGGGACCGAAUUUCCUGCGCAAGAUGGAGCAGAUCUUCAUGUGCGUGUGCUGCCAGGAGCUGGCCUUCCAACCCAUCACCACCAUCUGCUCACACAACGUUUGCAAGACUUGUCUCCAGCGGUCGUUCCGAGCAAAGGUGUACACCUGCCCCGCCUGCCGUCACGACCUGGGCAAGGACUACGUCAUGACCCAAAACAAGAUGCUCCAGAUGCUGCUCGACCAGUUCUUUCCCGGCUACAGCAAGGGCCGAUGAGGUCGAAAUCACAUUUCUAAGUAGAAUACGUACAUACACGCACAUAAGCAUCCAUUCUGUGCACCCGCGUAUACCGUCAAGUACCGAGAGCUCCACUUUAAAAUGCAUUGCACACACAUACUGUACUUACCCACGGGCAAAUGUAUAUUGCAUAUACAGCCAUUUAUGUAUACAAUCAUUCAUACACAAACAACCUCAGUAGGGACUGACCUCAUCUGUUGAACUUGGACUGUCUCCAUUAACAUCACCAGCCUGAAAUUCAACCAAGGACAUUUUUUAACCUCCCUACUCCUGCCACAAAAACGCACAAAAAGAGCCGCUACUCUCGCACCCACUCGCCAUCUCGAGAUCAUAGCUCAUUUUAUUAGUUUUCCCCUCCACUGUGUUGUCCACUGGCUCCAUUAAUCGACACACAGUACAUCGUUUUGAGUGCAUAUUCCUCCCCCAGCAAUAUCAUGAAAUCAGCCGUUAGAUACCUGCCAACCUGUACGCAUUUUGUGUACCAUGUACGCAGUUUUACACCAAAAUGCUGAGCUGAGUGUUUUCGCUCUGCUGGCAAAUAAAGGUGCUAGGUUAAUACAGUGAUUUAGGCACAGUGGGAGUGGCGGUUUCACAAGGUUACUGAGGACUCACAGAUGAGGUAACACCCCCCUGUACGACAGUCACAAUGAGCCGAGCAGAGCAGAGACACCCACGGGUCGGCCUGUUAAACCAAGUUAAAUUUGAAAAGUCAAGAAUGGACAUGUAUUUGUAUAUGAAAUGAAGCACACAAUCUUUUGUGACCUUGAAGCACUUUAUUACUGAUACGCGCAGCAGACUCAUUUUGUAGGUUAAUCGGGAGCACUUGAUAGCAUCCCGCUCGCUACUCGUGUCACUUGGAAAAACGCCAUUGCCAUGCCUUGAGCUAAUAUGAAUAGUAAAACGUCUCACCGGGGGUAACUUUCAGAGCGUGUUCAGAGAACAGAAAUUGGCAGCUGUGUCCAGUUUGUUUGGAGUGCUGGAGGAUUUCUGGCUCCAGCAAGAGCCACAACUUUACUUGGUGAAUGCAACAAUGAUCAACAGGUGUAACUCUCUCUUCUUAGAUUUUGUGUGGACUCAAAAAAAAAAAGAAAGAAAGAAAAAAAAAAGAAAUUGACAUGGAUUUCAUAAACAUACCAAAGACGUGAGGCUGUAAAACAGAUCAGGGGCAAAAAAUCUUCAGAGAUGUGCUUUUUAAAAGGUCAUUACUGUUGAGUAAUCACAGCUAAACAUAAGAUCCAAUAGACACUAUGCUUGUGAAGUAUCAAACAAGAUCGUACCAAAUUAUGAUCUUUCUUUAGCAAUGUUUCCAUUUCCAAGUAGCUAAAAAUAAUUGUAUAAGAUAAACAAUCACGUACUACUGAAUCUCUCUCAUAAGCACUAUUGAAACCUCCAACACUGUUGAAAUAAUUUAUUAAACAUUAGUGUUAAGACAUUUAAUUAUCCGUGAAUGAAGUUCUCACAUUAAUAUGUGUUUUCACAUAUACUCCCACUCAUGAUUUCACUUCCUCAGUCAGAUGAUAUUGACUAUAAACAAUUCUUUACACAUUAGAUGAGUAUUUUCUUUGUCUAACAGAGAAAUACCCUAAUGAUGUAAUGGAAAUUAAAGCUUUACAUGAGAUCACACAAAGAUUUAGUUCUCUGAAAUGGCUGAAAAGCGCAAGGUGUGCCGCUCGCACAUUCAUUUCAGUGAUGCCUGAGAGGGCACACUGUGGUCGUCCCUGGUGUUACCAAGCAACCACAAUCAAGCAGGACUUCACACAAGGACGGUUAGCAUAUAUUGUGCUCAGCAGAUACUUAUCCGCCAUUGUUCUUCCUGUAAGACUCUGUAUAAUGUCCACCGGAGAGCUCAGAGUAUUUAUAUUCAGCACGAUCUGAUUUGCUUUGUUUUUUUUCAGUAACCUGAUGGUUGACUGUGCAACAAGGAUGUUGUGAGUUAAUUUUUUGGUCAAAUUACAUCCAGAAAAUGGUUUGUCUCAGAUUGUCAUGGUUGGACCUGAAAACAAGGCCACUGAUUUCUGUUUCCCUGAGUUUUCUAAUGAACAUGAUGCCGCCAGUAUGUGCAUUGCUCACCAAUAUACAGCAUAUAAGCUAAACAGAAAUGCACUGUCUUUCCUACAACUGCUUUGUAGGGAUGACUUCUCAUGGUGCUGUUUUAGUGCUGGUACUGAAAACCAGGUAUCGUAUUCACUCUAGUUUUUUUUUUUUUUUUUUAAAUGAAGCGAUACAUAUCUGUACAUGGCACAAGUGAGAGCUUGUUAACAUUGUGAGAGGUUUUCAACAGUGCUUAUGUGAGAGUUCACUGGUGCAUAUGAGAAUGACACAGUUUCAUUAAUGCACAGUUGAAUGUUUCAGUUGGUAGUGUGGUUCAUUACACUUGGAUACAGUAAAACAUUGAAUAUAUAUAUAAUAUAUAUAUAACAGAAAAUUGUGCUUAUGUGCAAGCUAAAGUUUGAAUUGUGUCCUACACAGCACCCCAUAGUCAGAAAUUUUAGCACUGAAAAGAAGAGGAGUGAAAUAAAUAGUAAGCCUGGUUUAAUCAUUUAAUGCACCAAUGAAUAGGCUGUUAGAUGAUCAGUGUGAGCAACUGGAUAUGAUUUGGAUAUACAGCACAUGUUUAUAUGAUAGAGCAUGUGUGACAUAUAAAGGAGUAAGAUCUUACACCGCAGAGGGUCUACGCCUGGGAUACUUAGGAUGUUUCCAUGAGUUUUCUGGCUACAUUAUAGUUGAAUGUUUAAACAAAUGUCAAUCAUCAGUCAACCAGUUUUCUGCAGCAGUGUCCGUAUGGCUUCAGUGCGUAACCUAAAGACAAAUAAGAAACAUCAGAAACGUCUCCCAGAUCAUCAUGACUGACAUACCGUGGUCUGUUGGGUGUGUGCUUUCCUCAGACGCAGCAGACCAAAAGACACACAACUUUAAUUAUCUCACAGCAAGUCUGAACAGAGCUCGAGACUAAUUCUUGACUCUUUUUAAACUACUUUUGUUUGGGCCAGAAUCCUGAGCAAGACAUGUUUUUAUGUGUUUAUUGUUUACCCUCUCUUAUAGGUUAUUGUCUAGUGGAUUCAGCCCGACAAGUGAAAACUGCCCCCUCCGUAUCUUUGAAAUGCACUUGGAAGCUUUAUAUAAACGAUUACCUUUUUUAAUCACUAUGUAAGAAUAUGUCCUCAACAAAGAGGACCUUACAUAAUAUUCCUACUUUUCAUUUUUACCUUCCCCUUUGUACUUUUCACAUUAUUUUGUGACUCGAAGGAUCAUUUCCAUACAUUGCUGAAUACAGAGGCACGUGUUAUACUUGUGCUCCACUCUGUUUUCCUGAAGUUUUCUUCUAUCUUGAGCAGCUAAAAGAUUUGCAUCUUUUCCAGUGCUGAUAUGGUACUUUAAAAUGUUCAGGGUUGGCAGGUCUGAUAGGAACUAAAACAAAGAAAAAGAAAAAGAAAAAAAAACUCAUCCCGUAGAGAGCACAUAGCCGGCAGCAGAAGCCUCUGCACCGAUCCUGAGAUCUGGACAGAGGUCACCCGGCGCGCUGAAGUUUCAGAUACGGCAUCCAAAAUAGUUUCAACACUCGGGCUGAUUUUUAUGGGAAAAUGUAGCCCUCUUGUUCACUAACACCAUCACAUCCACCACCACCACCACUCCCCGCGGUGUUACUGACACUUCCUCCCCCUUUCAUUGGCGGGCUGUUUGUUUGUGGUGAUGUCCUUGUUUCUGUUCAAUCAUUCAGGAUUUUUAUUUCCUUUUUCUCAACAACAUGCAAGUACAAAUGCUACUAUGGUCUUCAAAGCCUAACUGUGAUGUGCAUUACUUCCACUGUUCAAUCUUGUUCAAAGAUUAUUUUUCUUCCUGCAUUGACUGGCAAAGCUAAUAGCCCCUCCUUUCUUUCUCUGCUGUGACCUUCGCCCCCCUCCCGCUGUCUCCUGCUCUCUGUGAACCUACAGUACUAACAAUUUUUAGACGUCUUGUGGACGCUUGGCUUCAGUGCUGUGUUGUUUUUUUGUUUUUUUUUUAAAUUUCUAUUGCACUCUAUUGAAGAAAAAAGUUUGAAAAGUCACAUUUAAUUUUCCUAGAAUGCUUACUGUUAUCUAUGUCCGUACGCCAUUUUUCUACCAUUUUAGUUGCUUUCUCCUCUAUUUUAAUCAUUAGUCAUUUUUAUGUGGCAACCUCAAACAUUUGCAGCAUACGCCAGUCUGAGGAGUUUCAUCGCUUCAUAUUGUGAUCUGAAAUUUUAUACAUGUCAUAAUAAUACUUGAUAUGUACCUAUUAAAUAUUUGGAUUCCAGAGAAAAAGGCUUCUCUUCCUUUUGUCUUGAAUUUUAAAAAACAAUUGAGCCACAAGGGAUAUAACUUACAAAAUAGGGUUGAAAAACAUAUUUGUUUGCAUAGCUGCACAUCUUACAGAUUCAAAAUCAGCUUUACAAUGAUCAUGUGUUGUACUUCAGUGUCCUGUGGAGCCUCCUGGUGGUAUGAAGACACACAACAUGCUUGGAUGUAUGCCCUGCUGCUCUUUUAUAACUGACCUGAUUUUCUUAACUGAGCCACACACAUUACAUUAUGCUGGGUGCUAGUUACAUUAUUAUUAUUAUUACAAAGGACUGUUCAAUGUGUUUUAUGGUGUACUCUGUGGGUGUGUUUGUAUCUUUACAUGUAAUCACAACACAGGUGGUUAUGGGGUUGGUGAAUGUUUGUUCUGGAUCCACCCCCUUAGAGCAGUAACAUGAUAACUCAGGCUUUAUACCUGUGCAGCAAAGUAAUUUACAGUCAGCGUAUUUUAUUUCAAACGAAUAUAGGGGAAAAAGAAGCAAAGAUGCUUAUAAAUUUAGUUAAAAUGUGCAAACGAGGUUAAGUGAGUACAUACACCGGAUAGUUGUUUUGUUUGUUUUAUUAUCACAGAAGCACAACAGGUACCACUAUGCAGGUGAACAACAAACUCAUUACUAUCAUGAAAAAGAGUUGAAAGGAAUGCUAAUCCAAAAAAAUAAAAAUAAAAAUAAAAUCCAAUCACAGCAAUAUUUUUCAACCUCCAAAAACAAAAUACUACAAUAUUGUCAGAUAUACAUGGCAAAAAGAAGCAAAA